GAGAGAGUGACUGAUAUUAAACAUGCUACAUUUACAUGGCCUCCUAUGCGGUCUCGAGGCGGUUACUUCAAACCCACAUUUAGCCCUAACGCGGGGGGUUACUACCCCACCUCCAACAUAACCACAAAUUAUUUCCCAAGAUAAGCAAGGAACUUACUUCUAUUGUACACAGGACCACGAUGUUUCGAGGAGUUGAAGCUGUCAAUUGGGUGUCUCCUCUGAAAUGCUUUCAAUAUUCAUUGAAUGAUUGAAUGGAUGAUCGGGCACCGAAGCAGUGAAGAGACCUCUAUCGAAGAUCAAAGAAAGGUAUUGGUUGUGUGAGCAGAAGCAUGUACCAACAUGUCUUACCCUCCAUACAGACUAUACUGGCAAUUGGUUUCAUGAAAGAGGAAAUAUGUAGGCGACAGUCUGCCACUCAUUAUAUAAACGCAAUCGUUGCCAAACCCACCAUUACUUGUGCGAAGAUCCAAGAAAGCCGGUGUAGCCAUUGUCAGAAUACGAUAAUAACGGAAUGGAAAAAUGUUUGCGACGAGAAAAUUCCUGGAGGUUCAUCGAAACAUUUAUCGAAUGGAAGGGACAAUGGCAAAUAUGAUCUUGUCGUGGUGGAAACCUUUUUUUUGUGGUUGCAGAAAUUUAUUGGCCUGAUAUUUGGGCUGUUGAGGUACUAUAUAAAUUUAAAUGUAACUUUCUUCUUCGCCUUCGGGCAUUUGGUCAAUUUGAAACGAUACAGAGAAGAUUAGCAUGGCCCCUGCACUAAGGAUGACACGCUCAAUCAAAGAGAAGCUACCAAUUUUUUUGCAUUUUUUUUGACUGAUUUAGCAUCGCAAUGGAGGAAGACAGUUGAUGGGUGGUGUUCAUAUUUUUUUGCUAUUUCAUUUUCUUGAGGUCUCGAGCACCAGGUCUGGGUCUGAUUAGGUAAGCGACUGAAUUAUGGAUUUUAGAGCUCCGCAAUUUUUGGAGUCAAAGCCUGGACUUUUUUGUCUAUGAUGUGUUUGUGAAGUCAAAUUGUAGAUAUUCAGAUUCUACUUCAAUCUUCUUCAUUCUAUACUAUGCCUCCAAUAACCUUAUGACAAAAUACA